AUGUCAAGAAAACGUGAAAGUGGUUGUGAAUAUAGAAAACGAGCAAAGGAAAGAUCAGAAAAAAAUGAGGAACUGGUGAAGAAGAUUCCCAAGAUUGACACCUUUUUACAAAAAGGUGAUAAAAAACAAAAAGUGGACUCGACAGAGCUGAGUGAAAUUCAACAAGAAUUCGAUCAACCUUCAACAAGUGGUAACAACACAUCAAACAAAGCUGCAAGCAUUAUGGAGAUUCCGGAACAAGUUGAAUCUUGUGAAAAUCCGAAAAAAGCUUUUCCAGAAAUUAGCGGCAGUUCAGAUAACUUCAGUGAUGAUCCAGCUCUGUGGGAUGAAAUAACAGAGGAGUUGAGGCAGAAUUUUAUCAAUCGUGGAAUUAAACAAAAUAUUGAUUUAUUAGAUUUUGAAGCUUCAAGAAGGAAUUACAAUGAUCGCGUUCGAUAUUGUUCGAAAGGAUUGUUUAAAACCCGAUUGAAAAAUGCCGAGACUCACACUCGCGAUUUCUUGAUUUACUCUGCCAGCACAGGACGUCUCUACUGUCUGAUAUGCCGUUUAUUCAAUGGAAAAGGUCCAUUUGCAUCUACCGGAUUUAAUGAUUGGAAAAAUCCUAUUACUAUUGAACAGCACGAGAAUUCACAGAAUCACAAAAAUUGUGUCCUAAUUUUACUCCAAAGGCAAAAAGCAGCUGACCAGGUAGAUGCACUUCAUGUUAAAGAAUACAUGCGGGAAGUACAGUACUGGAGAGAAGUUUUGCAACGAACUGUUCAGCAGAGAGGUCGUUUUCAGCAUUGA